AUGGCACCACGGUCAACACCUUACACCCAGCUCACCCCAGGCGCGGUUAUCCCUGACGACACAAAGUCCCGGAGCGUUUGUCGCGGGCCCGCUCAUGAUCACCUUCCUCAUCAAGUCCGCCGCGCACCUGCCACCUUGUCCAAUGUCCACGUCGUCUUCAACUUGGGCUACGCACACGCGCCCCACACGCACUCCGCGAGCAACGCCGCGAUCACUGCACGGCUCGACUCGCUGAGCUACGCCCCGAACCCGCAUCAGCAGGUCUACUCGUCGGGCUGCAACUUCCCCGCCUCAUUACCCACGGGCCACCGCGCCCCGCCCGCAAUCGUGUUCGUCGCAAAAGGCAAGCAGCAUGUGCGUGGAGAGUUAGGCGACGGGAUGCCGGGAUUGGGUGCACAUCCAGGGAUUUGGGUUUUUCCUGAUGUCAAGGACGCGAAUGUCGGAAAUCUCGGCCUUCAGGAUCAGCGUGAGGCCCUUCGCUGGAUCCAGCGUUACAUCACCCAGUUUGGCGGCGAUCCCACGAAGGUCACCUUGCUGGGCCUCAGCUCCGGCGGCGUUUCGGCGGCGUUGCAUAUCGUGUACAACGACGGGAACACCGAAGGGCUCUUCCAUGCUCUGUGGGCCGAAUCGGGCGCCAUCCAACCCGUCGGUUGGCUCGAUGGCCCGCGUCCGCAAGCGGCAUACGACACCUACGUGGCGUCGGUGGGGUGUUCGGACGCGAACGAUACCCUGACAUGUCUCAGGCAGGCACCCGCGGAUGCGGUGACCAACGUCAGCGCCGUCGCCUCCGUGUGGAGCCCGCACGCGGACGGGAGCGUCAUCUCGGACCUUCCACAGACGCUACUCAUGGGAGGGCAUGUUGCGAAGAUUCCCAUCGUCGCUGGGAACGCCGAGGAUGAAGGGACGCUCUUCGCUCUCAACCUACCCAACAUCACGACCGAUACGGAGUUCGUUGGGUACGCCAGAGCCGUGUACUUUCCAAACAUCAGCUCCGCCGACGCCGAGACGCUGGUGCAAAUGUAUCCGAACGACCCGGCGCAGGGUGCGCCGUAUGGCACCGGAGACGACUUCCAGUACACGCAGAUGCACAAGCGCGUCGCGUCGUUCGAGGGGGACACGGGCGUCGACGCCGUCCGCCGCCUCUUCACGCAGCAGAUGAGCGCACACAGCAACGUUUGGGCGUACUACUACAGGCGGGAAUACGUUCCCGGCUUGGGAUCGACGCACGCGUCGGAGGUCCCGGACAUGUACGGGGGCGGAAACCUGCAGGACAUCUUCAUCCACUUUGCGAACACGCUCGACCCGAACGGCGCCGCGAACGUCACGCAGGACUGGCCGAUGUACAACGCGAGCAACCCGGUGCUCUUGGAGUUCUCCGGAAACACGACGCUCUCGCUGACGAACGACACGUACCGCGAGGCGCCGAUAGAGUUCCUCAUUGAGAUGGGGCAGAAGAUGCCGUGGCCCGUUUAG